AUGCCGCUGGUGCCGAAGCCACUAGGUGUUGCCGCCGCCGUCCUCUGCUUCUCACUCUGCAGCUCGCUGCUGCUGCUGGGAGCGGAAGCGAAGGUGCGCCACUACGAUUGGGAAAUCUCGUACCAGCACAAGUCCCCCGACUGCUUCGAGAAGCUCGCCGUGACCGUCAAUGGCGAAGCUCCCGGCCCGACCAUUUAUGCCACGCAGGGCGACACCGUCGUCGUCACCGUGCAUAACAAGCUGGAGACGGAGAACACCGCUAUCCACUGGCAUGGCAUCAGGCAGAUUGGCACCCCGUGGGCUGACGGAGUCGCCGGCGUGACGCAGUGCCCAAUCCAGCCAGGGGAAACGUUCACAUACAAAUUCGUCGUCGACAGGGCGGGCACAUACUUGUACCAUGCGCACUACGGCAUGCAGCGCGUGGCGGGGCUCAAUGGCAUGAUCGUUGUGACCGUGCCAGAAGGCGUCUGGGAGCCCUUCCGGUACGACGAUGAGCACACCGUCCUCCUGGAAGACUGGUGGCACAAGAGCGUCUACGACCAGGCCACUGGACUCUCCGCCAAACCCUUUGUCUUCGUCGGCGAGCCCCAGUCUCUCCUCAUCAAUGGUCGAGGAACGUUCGACUGCUCGAAGCUUGCUAACUCCACCGGAUUGUGCAACAACUCCCACCCGGACUGCACAUUGCCUACUCAAUUCACCUUCGUGCCGGGGAAGACCUAUCUCCUCCGUAUCGGCAGCCUCACGUCGCUCUCGUCACUCAGCUUCGAGAUCGAGGGCCAUUUGAUGACGGUGGUGGAGGCCGAUGGCCACUACGUGCGGCCAUUUGUGGUGAGGAACCUCUUCAUCUACUCCGGUGAGACGUACUCUGUGCUUGUCAAGGCUGAUCAGGACCCAAGGCGGAACUACUGGGCAACAUCCCACAUCGUCGGCCGCAACGCUAGCUCAACUCCGAGCGCCAAAGCUAUCGUGAGCUAUGCCGGCAACGACCCGCGGAAAACACCGCCCACUGUGCCAACGACCGGCCCAGCAUGGGACAACACGGUCAUCAGGGUGGAGCAGAGCAGGGCUAUCGUCGCGCACCCAGGCUACGCCGUGCCGGCGCCGGCAAGAGCUGACCGCACGUUGCUCCUUCUCAACACGCAAAACUACAUCAACGGACACACCAAGUGGACCAUCAAUGGAGUGUCCCUCCACUUCCCGGCCACACCCUACCUCGUGUCAAUGAAGCAUGACCUGACCGAUGCCUAUGAUCAGCACCCACCCCUAGACACGUACGACCACAGGGGCCACGAUAUCUCGGCGCCGGCGCAGACGAACGGGACUAUUGGAAGCCCAGUGUAUCGGCUAGCAUUUGACUCCGUGGUGGAUGUGGUGCUGCAGAACUCCAACAUGCUCAACGACAAGAGCGAGACGCACCCGUGGCACCUCCAUGGACACGACUUCUGGGUGCUCGGACACGGUGAAGGCAAGUUCGACCCAGCGGCAGACGCAUGGAGGCUUCUGAACAUCAAGGACCCGAUCAUGAAGAACACCGUGCCGCUACACCCAGACGGGUGGACGGCGAUAAGGUUCCACGCGAACAACCCAGGGGUGUGGUUGUUUCACUGCCACGUCGAGGCGCACGUUUUCAUGGGCAUGGGGGUGGUCUUUGAAGAGGGCGUCGAGAGGGUCGGCCGCCUGCCGUCGUCCAUCAUGGGUUGUGGACAUUCCAAGGGACUCCAUUGA